AUGUCAAUACCCAGUACUCGCACAUUACCGUUGAAACUGCUGGCCCAGAAUCCGGGGCUCCUUCGCCGGGUCGCACCCGUAGGGACUCGAUGGAGUAGCUCUAUCUCGCAGCGGCCUGGCUCGGACAGUGUCCGCUUUCCCGGUGCCGUUAACAGUAAAUUCACUACGCAAAUGUCCUUUCUCAAAGCCUCGGAUCUGCCCGCAAUCCCCACAUACCGAGUAAUGGACUCUGACGGCGAGAUGGUUGAUAAGACGCGCCCACCAACCGAUGUGACCGAUGAGGAGGUCUUGACGUGGUACAGGAAUAUGUUGACCGUCAGCAUUAUGGACGUGGUCAUGUUCGAGGCUCAAAGACAGGGUCGCCUCUCUUUCUAUAUGGUCUCCGCUGGCGAAGAGGGCAUCACAGUAGGCUCGGCCGCAGCACUCACCCCGGACGACGUGGUGUUCGCGCAAUACCGCGAAGCAGGCGUAUUCCAGCAACGAGGAUUUACACUCAAAAACUUCAUGGAUCAGCUAUUUGCCAAUUACAACGACACAGGCAAGGGCCGGAAUAUGCCCGUCCACUAUGGACAAAACUACCCACGCAUGCACACAAUCUCUUCUCCGCUAGCCACCCAGAUUCCCCAAGCAGCAGGGGCAGCCUACGCCCUGAAGCUACAAGACCUCCAGAACCCAACCCGGGCCCCACGCAUCGUAGCCUGCUAUUUCGGCGAGGGCGCCGCCAGCGAGGGCGACUUCCAUGCAGCACUAAACAUCGCAGCAACACGCUCCUGCCCGGUAGUAUUCAUCUGCCGAAACAACGGGUACGCGAUCUCAACACCGACACUGGAGCAGUACCGCGGCGACGGGAUCGCCAGCCGCGGGGUCGGGUACGGGAUCGACACGAUCCGCGUCGACGGCAACGACGUGUUCGCCGUGCACGAGGCAAUGAAAGAGGCGCGGCGGGUUGCGCUGGACGGAGGGCGCCCGGUGCUGAUCGAGGCGAUGAGCUACCGCGUCUCGCACCAUAGUACUAGCGACGAUAGCUUUGCGUACCGGGCGCGCGUCGAGGUUGAGGACUGGAAGCGGCGCGAUAACCCUAUUAUUCGGCUGCGUAAGUGGCUUGAGAACCAGGGGCUGUGGAAUGAGGAUUUAGAGCGGGAGACGCGCGAUGAGCUCCGCAAGGCUGUGUUGAAGGAGUUUGGCGAGGCCGAGCGUGGGAAGAAGCCGCCUCUGCGGGAGGCGUUUGCUGAUGUCUAUGAGGAUAUUACGGAGGAGGCGCAGGAGCAGAUGAAGGAGCUGAAGCGCAUCCUGGAGACAUACCCGGAUGAGUAUGAUCUCCGGCCAUACCAGGAUGGGGUAAAAGGACUGGAUUGA